AUGGUAGAUUUGAAGAAAGCAAUUGAUGCUGGAGGUCACUGUUUACUUGAAAUGCCCUCUGGAACUGGGAAAACUGUAUCAUUACUAUCUUUGAUCGUGGCGAUUCAAAUGACUUAUAAAGAAAAGCGUAAGUUAAUUUAUUGUUCACGAACUGUUCCGGAAAUUGAGAAAGCCUUAGCAGAACUUCGUAACCUUAUUGAAUAUCGAAAACGAUGUGGAGAAAAGGACGAAUACUUAGGGCUUGGCCUAACAUCUCGUAAAAACCUUUGUAUAAAUCCUUCGGUAAAUCAGGAGAAAUGGGGUAAAGUGGUUGAUGCUCGAUGUCGAAAUCUUACAGCGUCAUGGGUGAGAGAAAAAUCAAAACUUUAUCAACCUGGUGAAGUGCCAUUGUGUAAUUUCUACGAGCAAAUGGAAAAUGAUAAUGAAAAACAUAAAUUAUUAAUCCCAGAUGGUGUGUAUACACUUGAGGAGCUACGAGAAUAUGGCAAAGAACACGAAUAUUGUCCUUAUUAUUUGGCAAGAAGAACGUUAGUCUCUAAAGAGCUAUCUAAGGAUUGUAUUGUUGUAUUUGAUGAAGCGCACAAUAUAGAUAAUGUUUGUAUUGAAUCUCUUAGUAUUGAUAUUACCAAGUCAAAUUUGGAUGCAAGCGCGAAAAGUAUAGCAAAACUUAGGGACACGAUUGAAGAUAUCAAAAAAAGAGAUAGUCAGAGAUUACUUGAUGAAUAUAAUAAACUUGUUGAAGGAUUAAUAAUGGCUGGUCAAGAACAGGAUGAAGAUGUGUACCUGUCAAAUCCUAUUUUACCUGAAGAUUUGUCUCACGAGGCUGUCCCUGGCAAUAUUCGACGAGCUGAACAUUUCGUAGCUUUCUUGCGUCGUUUUAUUGAAUAUCUUAAAACUAGAAUGCGAGCUCAACAGGUGGUUGCUGAGACGCCAAUUUCAUUCCUCCAAAAUUGCAGAGAAGUAACCUUGAUUGAACGUCAGCCUUUAAGGUUUUGUAGUCAAAGGCUAACUUCAUUAGUUCGAACAUUAGAGUUAUCAGAUCUUAAUGAUUAUUAUGCGCUACAUAAAGUAGCAGCUUUUGCAACCCUCGUGGCAACUUACGAGACAGGCUUCAUGUUAAUUUUAGAACCUUUUGAAAAUGAUACCAUUCCAAAUCCAAUUUUUCAUCAUGCGUGCCUCGAUGCAUCAAUAGCUAUUAAGCCUAUAUUCAAGAGAUUCAAAACCGUCGUUAUAACGUCUGGAACAUUAUCGCCACUUGACAUGUAUCCAAAGAUAUUAAAUUUUCAGGCAGCUGUGCAAGAAAGUUAUUCAAUGACUUUAACAAGAAAUUGUUUCCUGCCAUUGGCAAUAACUAGAGGUAGCGAUCAAGUCGCUAUUAGUUCUAAAUUUGAAGUUCGUAAUGAUCCAGCCGUAGUACGAAAUUUCGGGCAAAUUCUCGUUGAAUUUUCCAAAAUAGUUCCUGACGGAAUUGUUGCAUUCUUCCCGAGCUAUUUAUAUAUGGAAUCAAUAGUAGCUAUGUGGAACGAUAUGGGCAUAUUAAAUCAAGCAUGGAAACAUAAGUUAAUAUUUGUUGAAACACCAGAUGCUGCAGAAACGAGUUUGGCUUUAGAGAAUUAUAGAAAGGCAUGCGACAAUGGACGCGGUGCCAUCUUACUAUCAGUUGCUCGCGGAAAGGUUUCGGAAGGUAUUGAUUUUGAUCAUAAUUAUGGACGUGCUGUAAUUAUGUUUGGUGUACCAUAUCAAUAUACAGAGAGUCGAAUUCUGAAAGCACGCCUUGAGUUUUUGAGGGAAAAUUACAGAAUACGGGAAAGUGAUUUUUUAACAUUUGACGCAAUGCGUCAUGCAGCUCAAUGCGUUGGGAGAGUUUUAAGAGGAAAAACUGAUUAUGGGCUAAUGAUAUUUGCCGAUAAGAGAUUCGCAAGGGCAGACAAACGUAAUAAAUUACCUAGGUGGUUAAACCAAUUUAUCACAGAUAACUGUACAAACUUAUCAACGGAUAUGGCAUUAGUAACAGCAAAAAAAUUCUUGAGAACGAUGGCUCAGCCGUUUGAACGUGAUCAAUUGGGUGUAUGGUCUGUCGAAGAU